AUGUUCAUUGGAUUUCCGAAUCAUCAGUUUUUUGCAGUAAUAUUUUAUACGAAAGCGCAUUCGAAGAGUGCUAUAAAGGAGGAGAAAACAGACGAGGAGAAAGAGAAAGGACUGGCCGCAGCGGAUCCGUUUCCCCCGGAGACAUUUCUACCGGUGAAUUUACUGCGUUGGGAGGAUGAUAUAAUAAUUGAUGGUGAACAAGUUCGUUCACAGGUGCUGAAACGAUUAGCAAGUGGUAAAUUACCGGAGUACGGAUGGGUGCCAACACAGCAAACACGAAACUAUGAAUCAUUCUUGGCUGCAUUGAAGAGUAACGCAUUCGAGCAAAUGUUUGCUAAGCCAGGCACAGUUGUACCCACUCGAGCGAUGGCUGACUUAGAUUUCCCGAAGGAGCCAACUAUGGCGCAUUCGAUAUUCCCAAUGGAUAAUUAUGAUCUAAUCAAUACCAGAUGGGAGGACGAUAUUAUUUGGGAUUCG